AUGGCUACUACCAAAGGAAUGGCAAAUGCUGCUAACGCUUUACUCGCCGGAGACUCGGCUGGUGGGAUGGCAACAAUGUUGAACUGUGACCGUUUCCAGUCUUUUCUCCCCAGUGCUUGCCGAGUCAAAUGCUACGCAGACUCCGGCUUCUUCAUACGAGCGAAAGAUCUCCCGGGAACCCUGGCCACAAACUAUUUUGCCCCCAUUGUAGCCUUUCAUGAAUUAGCUGACUAUUUACCAAAGUCUUGCACACAGAGACUAGGUGCAGGAUUGUGCUUUUAUCCAGAAAAUGUGGUCGGCGACAUCCAGACACCAUUGUUCGUAGUAAAUUCUGACUUUGAUACAUAUCAAACAAUUCAGCAGGCCAUUGGAGACUGGUAUUUUGAAAGAAGUAGUGUUCAAAUUAUAGACAGUGAACAUUCAAGUCCUAUUAGUUGCUAG